AUGACAGUUGCAAGACGAUAUGAAGACGAACAUACACACUCCCUAGACGAACAUGCACACUUACUAGACGAACAUGCACACUCCAUUGACGAACAUACACACUCCCUGGAAUACACCUCCCUUGACGAACAUACACACUCCCUAGACGAACAUACACAUUCCCUUGACGAACAUACACACUUCCUGGACGAACAUACACACUCCCUGGACGAACAUACACACUCCCUGGACGAACAUACACACUCCCUUGACGAACAUACACACUCCCUUGACGAACAUAUACACUCCCUGGACGAACAUACACACUCCCUGGACGAACAUACACACUCCCUAGACGAACAUACACACUCCCUGGACGAAUAUACACACUCCCUAGACGAACAUACACACUGCCUUGACGAACAUAAACACUUCCUGGACGAACAUACACACUCCCUAGACGAACAUACACACUCCCUAGACGAACAUGCACACUUACUAGACGAACAUGCACACUCCCUUGACGAACAUACACACUCCCUAGACGAACAUGCACACUUACUAGACGAACAUACACACUCCCUUGACGAACAUGCACACUCCCUUGACGAACAUGCAAACUCCCUUGACGAACAUACACACUCCCUGGACGAACAUACACACUCCCUGGACGAACAUACACACUCCCUAGACGAACAUACACACUCCCUUGACGAACAUACACACUCCCUUGACGAACAUACACACUCCCUAGACGAACAUACACACUCCCUUGACGAAAAUACACACUCCUCUGACGCACAUACACACUCCCUUGACGAACAUAUACACUCCUUGGACGAACAUAAACACUCCCUGGACGAACAUACACACUCCCUAGACGAACAUACACACUCCCUGGACAAACAUACACACUCCCUAGACGAACAUACACACUCCCUUGACGAACAUACACACUCCCAAGACGAACAUACACACACCCUGGAGGAACAUACACCCAUGGUUUAA